AUGCCAGUGGCUCGGAAACUGGCGCGCUACAUGGUGGACAUCGCCGCACUCAGCGAGAUCCGGUUCUCUCAACAGGGCCAACUGGAGGAGGUGGGUGCCGGCUACACCUUCUUCUGGAGCGGUCGUCCCAAGGCAGAGCGACGAGACGCAUGUUUUGCCUUCACCAUCCGGAACGACAUCGUGGGACGACGGCCCUGUCUGCCGCAGUGCAUUGACGAUCGUCUGAUGAGUCUCCGCCUGCCUCUUCAGAGUGACCAAUUCGCCAUCAUUCUCAGCGUCUACGCUCCGCCGAUGACUAGUCCUGACGCCGCAAGGGGCAAAUUCUACGAGAACCUCCAUGCCCUCCUGACGACUGUGUCGAAGGCGGACAAGUUGAUUGUGUUUGGUGACUUCAACGCCCCUGUCACCACAGAGCGAUCUACUAGGCUAACCGCAUUGCCGCCUCGAAAGCCAAACAAGAUGCCCGAAAAUCUCAGUUGCACCCACUUCACAAAGCCAACGCACAGCCAUCUCCAAUGUGACCGCGAUGUCAGCUGA